AUGCCAGCAUCCGGCGGUGAAUACCUCACAAGCAAAGAUGGAAUUUUGAAAGUUGUGAUUAUCAUUUUUGGUGUUAUAAGCUUUGCGCUUACAACAGUUUCAGGAUAUCGUGGUGCAUUAGGAUGGCCAUUUGCAGCGUUUUUAAUGUCUUGGGUGAUAACUUCAUUUGUGUUCUUUUUCAUCCUUGUGAAUCUGAUCUCAAAGAUGGAUUGUGGAGUACCAUUCGAGGCAGUGGAUUUCUGUUUCUCGUUUAUAUUUUUUGUCUUCUGUAUGUCUGGCAGCAUUGUCCUGUCGAUCUAUGGAUGUUCGGGCAGCAAAAACUGUGACGAAAGAAUUGCUGCUACUAUCUUCGGAUUCUUAACAGCUAUUCUAUAUUUUGUGGAAAUGUACUUUCAUAAGGAUAAUGCUCCUGAACCGUUAAAAUACUUGACCAAGGUCAAUGGUAUAGUGAAAAUCGUUGUUGUUACUUUGGGUUGCAUUGCGUUUGCACUUCUGGUUGCCGGUGGUUACCACUGUGGGAGAGACAGUCCAUGCACAUCAGGAAGAACCUUUGCGCUUGCGGCUUACAUCAUUUGCUGGAGUGUUUCGGUCAUAUUUUUACUGAUAUACAUAACCGGAUUAAAUGAAAAAAUAGGAGGGUCAUUCGCAACAGCAGAUUUUGUAUGGGCAGUGUUUUCAUUCGUAUUCUGCUUAACCGCUUCCAUAGUUCUGGCUUGUUAUAUUGAUAGCGGAGGUUGGAGUAGAUCUAGGCUUAUAGCAGCGGACGUUUUUGGGUUUUUCACGACUGUGGCUUAUUUGAUCGAAGCUAUUUUACUGAAAAAAUCAUCUGGAUCGAUCCUUCCCUCAUGAUAAGAGUUUUGUUUAAAUCCAACA